GAACGGGAUCGCUUCAUCUCGUGCCGCUGUGCAGCUUCUGGCUGCAGGAACCAUUGAGGCCAUGGCGAGGAGAUUACGGCGAAGCUCGAGCCCUGCCCCCGAGAUGGUGGCGAAGCGGCCGAAGACGAUGGAUCUGGACCAAGUGAAAGUGGUUUUCGAUUCCCCUUUCGAAGAUUUCGAGUUCGAGGAUCGUGAUCUUGAGUGGAUUGAUUCGAUGGGGUUGACGAAACUGGCGAAAAUCAUGCGAAGUGGCAUGGGUGUGAAUGAAUGGCGAGGCGUGUGCAUGAGUUUCAUCCGAAGCUUCCGUGCGGUCGAUGCGUCGGGUCUUCGUUACCGAGCAACAAUUCGAGCUGGUCAGCAGACCCAUGACAUCGACAUUGAUGUGAAGAAGAUUGCAGAAAGCUUCCAACUGCCGCAUGUUCCUGGCGGGAUGCAUCUUGGCGGCAUCAGAGAAGCGCAGUGGAAAGACGGUUUUGACAUAUUUGAAAGGAGCGAGUUCACUUACAGCAUGAAAAAAGGUUGGUGUCUUAAGAAUCUGAAGCCUGCGUACAUGUACAUGAAGAAGAGAUUUGACCUUCUUCGGCGAAUGAUAUGGUUUAACAAACAAUCCAGCUAUAUCGGAAAUGUGCAAGCUCGUACCAUCUUUGAAAUAUGUACGAUGAAGGACGCCAGACAACCUGAUUGGGCAACAGGCUUCCUGAAGAGUUUCGUCUAUGAGAUUGAGCGAAUUCGCAAGUUGACAGGACCUGACGCGCAAAACAUUAUACGCGGUUAUCAAAUCCACACCCUCGUAGGACCAGCCAUUCGACAGCUCAUCCGUCUACAAAUUCUGUUUGAAGAGAAGGAAAAUGUUCCUCCAAAAACUGAUGAAAACGUGGGCAAGCGAGUUGUGAGUUUGUCAGGUGUGACGAUAUGCAGGGGAGCUCCGGUGGCUGCUGAUGUUCUACGAGACACAAUGUCAUCUCGUCAAUCUAGUUUCGUUCACUCAUGUCCGCAACAAGCAUCCGAAAAUUUGGUACAACAGACGACGAGCAACAUCGAACAACAGGAGCUUUCAAUUCCUGCUGAAGUUGAAGAUGAGCGAGAGCCAAUGUCAUUCGAAGCAGAUGAUAUGGCUAUUCCAGGUCUUGAUGAUUACUUGUCAAGCGAAUCUGGUGGUAAAAGUUCAACCACAUCUGUCGGGAAAAGUUUGUUUAGAACCAGUGACGGGAAUUUCACAGCUGAGAAUGGAAAGAACCCAAAGACUUGCAAAAACCUGAUCGAUGAUCAUGACAUAUGUACACAUGAGAAUUCAAAGAGUCAGAAUAUCAACUUGCUUUCGUCAAGAGUAUGGAGCCAGGAAUCACAUAAAUUAAAUAAGGAGGUGAUUGCGCUGAGCUGUGAUAAAGACGGACCGAUGCAAGAUCAGAACAUGAGAGAUGACUUCAUUCGAGGAGUUCAAUUUGUAACGAGAAGAAUCGAUUCUGUCGGGGGUAUAUUACUGGGAUCGGCACAUAUGGACCAGUAUGGUGACUACGUCAAAUAUGCCUUGAAGGCACUAAAUUACUUCUUUCGUGUGUAUCGAAACUACAACAAUCCAACAAUCGAAACAGAAGAUCUUGACAUCGACAGAGAUGUACCGGGAGAUAUAUUGUGGGAGAUUCUUGUAAGUUUAACUUCAAAGGUUUUAGGUUACCAAGGUUCCAAGGCAGUAGCGGAGCUCUCUUGGCAUCUAAUACGGCAUGCCACCAAGACCAAUUUUAUGAAGAUUGCAGCAGAUCCUCGCGCCUUGUGUAUCAUCUUGGAAUGCUUAACAGGAAAAUUUAGUUGCACGAUAUCAAAGAUUUAUGCCGUCAAGUCGUUGAAAAUGUUGGUGAAGCAGUAUGAUUGUGCUGAAACGAUUCUCAAGUUCCCAGGUAUACCUGAAGGACUGGCAAUGUUGACGAGGACAGAUGAAGAAAAACGGUUGCACUCAAAAGUUAUCACCUUGCUGGCAUCUUUAAUUGAUUUGAGCAGCGGAACGUGUGACCUGGUGGUGAGGCUUCCAAGCUUUUGGGAUGUUCUUUCUGACAACAUAUUCAUGGCGAGGUUUGACUUAGGACCGGUUUUAAGAUUAAUUCAUUCAAUCUCGAGAGCGAGUCAUCAAUGUCGAGUGAUUCUUGGGACUCUGCCAGGAAUCACAGAGUUCCUUAUUUACAGUGGUUCGGAUCAACCACUUACGUUGGAAAUCCUCAGCAGUCUUUUAGCAACUGAAGAAUACAGAGCAGUCUUAGUCGCCUUCCCCAACGUGGUUGAAAAACUGAUGAACCUCCUUUCAGAGGCCAACAAUACUCGUAUUCUUUUCCCAUUAGUUCACUCCAUAACUCUCUUGGAUACUGAAAAAACCUGUGACAUUCAAUAUUCCGAUGCGGUGGCGGCUCAUUAUGGAAAUUUCGGAAGAGGUUGUGCAUUGCUACAACAGAAGUUUUACCAGUCAGCUGUCAGCGAGUUGGAAAAAGCAAGUAAAGCUGAGUCGCUCUAUGGCUUCCCAUUAGUCCAGGAAAAGGCUAAUCUCUGCCGUGCUUUCGCCAAGGCAAUGCUUCGGGAUCUUGAUGGAGCACUGACUAGUCUUGAGAUGAUGAACCCCAAGAUGAUGGAGUUUUCUCUAGACUGGGAAAAGAGCGUUGUACUUUGCUUGAGAUGCGAGUUUAAGAGGGCUCUUGCAGCGUCAGAGAACAUGGUCCUAGAAGGUGAAUGGUCAGAUACUCAAUUCAAGCGUGACCGCAACUACUGGAAGCACCGAGCUUACGUUCAUUUUCUAGUUGGAGACGAAGUUCAAUGCCAGAAGGAUGUAGAAGAAGCCUUGAAAGCCAGGCAAACGGCUAGGUAUGAUCCGGAGUACUGGUCGUGUCCACAACUGCUGCGGCUACCUUUGGAGUACAUGGCAUUGGCACAUGUUACUACAUUAUUGUUAUCUUCUGUUGGAACCCAAGCUGCUGGCCCAGGUACAAUCAUGGACAAAACAGCAAGAACGAGCUGGGGUUCAUCGGAUGAAUUUCCUCAUCUAGAGAAAUUGGCUCCUUGUCUGUUGCGCAUAUCGAAUUAUACUUCUCUUUCAGACGCAGUCUUCAAUCACUCGUUGGAGGUACCAGAUUCGGACAUUCGCUCGCUGUCUGUUGCACAUCUCCGAGAAAUGAAGUGCAUUAUUCCGUCUUCUUGGGAAGAGAUACUAGGAUUUUCAGUUUGUAGAGAUCCAACCCACAUAUGCUCAGUGCUGGCGAGCUUGGACAACGACACCAAGCAGGAGAACGGAGGAGUUCUCUGCGAUACUAAAUCCAGAUCCAACAAAAAGGGUUCUCCUGUGGAGAUUGUUAGACAAGAACUCGCUACUAGUGGUGGUGGUCGGGGCCUUUCGAUCAUUUUGAAGUCGAUGGGUAUGACUCUACCAGGAAAGCUCGCGAAUACAGAGGAUAGUAUCAUAGAGUCAGAGUUAUUCGUUAUACUCGAAGAUUUCGUCACAAUUCUCAACGAAGACCCAGACAUUUAUCCACAUAUCCACUCUCAAGUUCUUCGAAGCCUUACACAUUUGAUCGACCGACAAUUUCGGACGGGGCUUUCGAUGGAGGAGCACAUUCAAUACAACAGGAAUCUCAUCCAGCAUUUCUCGAACUGUCUGGACAGAGUGGUUGAGCUGUCAAAUUUCGACAAGAACCAUUUGGUUCAAAAUUCAGCAGAGGAACUGCUUUCAAAACUAUCAAACUAUGUUCGUGGACAGAAGUAGAAACAUAGUGGGGGAGAAAGUUAGAUUUCCCUCGAGUCAAGAGGAAGACUGCAAAAGUCAUCAUCAAUUUGCUGUGUGCAUGGCAUUACGUGUUCUUUUCCAUGUAAAGAGGGAGAGAAUUGAUUUGAGUCGAUAGACCUGGCGAGCUUAAGGAAAGGGAAUAUGCCUCAGAACUUCAGAACUUCCAGAACUGUACAUUUCUUUCCUUCAGAAAUUGAAUAAUUCGAUGUUUCAUGGCUGUGUUGUGAGCAUACAAUCUCAUUAAGGUCGGGUUGGAUGGGCCAGUGUCAAUCCUCAUAAGUCCCGCUAUCUGGUCCACGCAGGGCCGCCAGACUGUGUCUGAUUGAGGGAUCGGAAAAGCAUUUGUCAUUGUCCUUGUGGACAAAGACAACCAGAGA